UCUGUUUCUUUAUUUGACAUGUCUUUCUGUGUGUGACCCAUCCACAGAUCCUGGCCCAGGGGAAGAGCACACCCACGGCUCCCCCCAAACAGGCCAACAAGCUGGACAACAUGCUGGGCAGCCUCCAGUCAGACCUCCAUAAACUGGGUGUCCAGACUGUGGCCAAGGGAGUGUGUGGGGCCUGCAACAAGCCCAUCGUUGGACAGGUAACUUUAUACACACAGGAAGACGCACAUAAACACACACACAAAUACAGAGAGGCCACAUUCAUGCAGAACACAUACAGGCUGCAUGCACACACUCACUCACACGCACACAGACACACACUCACAUUCAACUUUACUGAGCUUAUUAAAUACAUUUUCUGGUCCCUAUUUAAUGAAUUCCAUGUAUCUGGGGUUGUUUCUUUCCUUUUGGAUAUCCUAAGUCCAUGUAGGUGUGAAUAAUGUGGUCAUGGUUAGAUUGGUUAACUCACCCUGUUGUCCUGAGCUGCUUGCAUGGUUUGCAUUCUCCCAUAUAAUCCAUUUGAGCUCCUAAUGGAAAUGAAGUGAAGUACAACCACCAUAGAAAGGUCAAUGUUCCACACUGAGGGCUGAAUCUGAACUGGAGAAAUGCACUGUUAGCCGGUGUAAAUCAAUCAUGCAUUGAUGUCAAUGGGACAUUGGCAUGGGAAACUGAGUUCAGGUCAUACGUACAUCUCGGGUUAGGAUUCACCCCUGGGCCCAUACUCGUAAAAACUCUCAUAGUAGGAGUGCUGAUCUAGGAUCAGUGUUUCCUUUUAGAACAUAAUGAUUAAGAUUACAUGGACAGGGGGACCUGAUCCUAGAUCAACACUCCUACUCCGAGACGGUUUAUUAAUACAAGCCCAGAUUCACAAAAUCCUGUAUUUCAGUUCAGGUUGGGCUGCUAGAUUAGAUUGUAAGUGUUUGUCUUGUGCCCUCUCCUCCCUGUGUCCAGGUGGUGACCGCCAUGGGGCGCACAUGGCACCCAGAGCACUUUGUGUGUACCCACUGUCAAGAGGAGAUCGGCUCCAGAAACUUCUUUGAGCGGGACGGAGCGCCCUACUGUGAGAAGGACUACCACGACCUCUUCUCCCCACGCUGCCACUACUGUAACGGACCUAUCCUGGACGUUAGUAUUACACACACACACACACACACACACACUAUGCCACAGACCAAGCUUUGAGCCAUCUUCUCCACACACCAUCUCUGUUUUUCAUUAGUGUGUCCUGUCUCACUCCACACGUCAACACUCACUCAUAUCCUUGCACUGACACGCUGCACACAUGAACACGCAUGCGAGCGAACGAGCGUGCUCACACACACACUGCCUAGGGUGAGGCACCACAGCAGAAAGGAGGGAAGAGGAGAGCGACUGAACUUUAGCCUCAGGAUAGGCCAGAUGAGUCUCAGUGGCAACAAGCUUCCUCAUUGGUCCUGUGUGGUGUAUUCAUAUCACUCCCUUUCUUUCUAUUACUCUCUCUCUUCUGACAUGCUACUCUGUCCUCACUAGACACACGGCUCUAUGCUACUCUGUCCUCACUAGACACACGGCUCUAUGCUACUCUGUCCUCACUAGACACACGGCUCUAUGCUACUCUGUCCUCACUAGACACACGGCUCUAUGCUACUCUGUCCUCACUAGACACACGGCUCUAUGCUACUCUGUCCUCACUAGACACACGGCUCUAUGCUACUCUGUCCUCACUAGACACACGGCUCUAUGCUACUCUGUCCUCACUAGACACACGGCUCUAUGCUACUCUGUCCUCUGCAGUGCUGCCAUCUGCUGGCUAUAGACAAAAUGGGCAAAAUACCUAAAAAUAUGAUAUUAUGAAUUCCAUAUGCUAACUGCAUUUGUCCCCUACAGAAAGUGGUGACGGCGCUGGACAGGAACUGGCAUCCAGAACACUUCUUCUGUGCUCAGUGUGGAGCUUUCUUUGGCCCAGAGGGUAAGCUACCCCCCUUUAUCGCUCUCCUUUCUCUCUACCUUUAAAUCUGCUCUAGAGGACAGUCUGGAGGGCAGCGUGUCGAGAUAGAACGAGCGGCUAGCAUAGUGCGAGCGAGCGAGAGAGAUAGAAUAGGCGAGAGAGUAGAGAGAGAGAGGGAGAGAGCGAGAGAAAUAGAGAGAGCGAGCGGCUAUAUAGAUUGUAUGAAUAGAGAGAUACGAGCUAGAGCAGCUGAUCGCUCGUAGAUGAUCUAUAGAUGAGAUCUGCUCGAUAUCUCUCUCUCUGUCGAUCUUCCUCUUCUCUAUCUGUCCUUUCUUCUCUCUCUCUCUCUAUCUCUCUCUCUUUCCCUUCUCUCUCUGUCCUCUUCUCUCUCUCUCUCUGUCCUCUUCUCUCUCUCUCUCUCUCUCUCUGUCCUCUUCUCUCUCUGUCUUCUCCUCUUCUGUCUCUGUCCUCUCCUCAAGACGAGAGAGAGAGCUAAAGGCAGUGUCCUCUGCUCCUCCCUACAGGCUUCCAAGAAAAAGGAUGGGAAGGCAUAUUGUCGGAAGGACUACUUUGACAUGUUUGCGCCCAAGUGUGGAGGCUGUACCCGCGCCAUCCUGGAGAACUACAUAUCAGCCCUCAACUCCCUCUGGCACCCCGAGUGCUUUGUCUGCAGGGUAAGUGGGUGUGUGCUGUGGUGCUAUUCUAAGCUUAUUAUCCCUCAUUUACAUAUGGUGAGACAUACAGUUCUUGAAACAGAUUAUUUUUGUUGUUGCCUCCAGCACCUUCACCAAAUCGGUUUUGGGUGCAAUAGAUUCUACCUAUUCUAAUCAGUUCUUUAGGUAUUUCCAAAAACAGUAUAGAAAGCCUUGAUUGCCUCAGCCAUUUUGUGAAAACCUCCUUCUCUUCUCUUCCCACCUCUCUGUGCAUUACAGGAGUGCUUCACCCCCUUUGUGAACGGGAGCUUCUUUGAGCACGAGGGUCAGCCCUACUGUGAGGGCCACUACCAUGAGCGCCGCGGAUCCCUCUGCUCGGGCUGCCAGAAGCCCAUCACAGGCCGCUGCAUCACGGCCAUGGCCAAGAAGUUCCACCCCGAGCACUUUGUCUGUGCCUUCUGCCUCAAGCAGCUCAAUAAGGGCACCUUCAAGGAGCAGAAUGACAAGCCCUACUGCCAGGGCUGCUUCAUCAAGCUCUUCAGCUAGGGAGCUAGCCUCCCCCAGCCUGUGUGUGUGCGUAUCCGUGUGUGCGUGCUGUGUUCCAAUUCUCUACCGUUCUGCCCUAAGUGUGCACUUGCUCACUUCCCUUAAUGAAUUUAAAAGGAAAUAACAGUUGUAAGAAAUAUGGUGGAAACUCCAGGCCAAUCCUAUCCAAUGCUUUUUAAAUGUGUGGGAAGGAGUACACAGGUGCACACUUCAAAGACAAAGAAGAGAAUCAGGACAACAGGUGAGUGUGUUUCUCAAAAGGUGUAGGCUGGGAUAGAAGGCCGUCAGUGGCUAUGAUGAUGAAGAGGAAGCAGAGUUGUUCCUUACUGUGCAUGUAGCUGAGAUGAGCCUGGCCAUUAGAAAAACCACAGCUCUCCCUACAGGUGCCUAUUUGGAGGAGUAUGAGUAAUCAGUCCAACAUUUAUUUUUGUAGUUGUAAAACACUGUCGGUGCAAUUGCAAAUACAUACCCAUAAACUGUCUCUCGAUCUAAAACGCACCGACAGA